AUGCAAAUAGAGCUCUCCACCUGUUUCUUUGUGUGUAUUUUACAAUUGAGCUUUAGUGCCACCAGAAGAUACUACCUGGGUGCAGUGGAACUGUCCUGGGACUAUAUGCACAGUGACCUGCUCAGUGAGCUGCAUGUGGACACAAGAUCUCCUCCUAGAAUGCCAAGAUCUUUUCCAUUCAACACUUCAGUCAUAUACAAAAAGACUGUGUUUGUAGAGUUCACGGAUCAACUUUUCAACAUCGUCAAGCCCAGGCCACCCUGGAUGGGUCUGCUGGGUCCUACCAUCUGGGCUGAGGUUCAUGACACAGUGGUCAUUACACUUAAGAACAUGGCUUCUCAUCCUGUCAGUCUUCAUGCUGUUGGUGUAUCUUACUGGAAAGCUUCUGAGGGAGCUGAAUAUGAUGAUCAGACCAGCCAAAGGGAGAAAGAAGAUGAUAAAAUCUUUCCUGGUGAGAGUCAUACCUAUGUCUGGCAGGUCCUGAAAGAAAAUGGUCCAAUGGCCUCUGACCCACCAUGUCUCACCUACUCAUAUCUUUCUCAUGUGGACUUGGUGAAAGACCUGAAUUCAGGUCUGAUUGGAGCCUUGCUGGUAUGUAGAGAAGGGAGUCUGGCCAAAGAAACAACACAGAUCUUGCAUGAAUUUGUACUUCUUUUUGCUGUAUUUGAUGAAGGAAAAACUUGGCACUCAGGAACUCCAGCUAUGGAUUCUGCAUCUGCUCAGGCAUGGCCUAAAAUGCACACAGUCAAUGGCUAUGUCAACAGGUCUCUGCCAGGUCUGAUUGGAUGCCACAGAAAACAGGUGUACUGGCAUGUGAUUGGAAUGGGCACCACCCCUGAAGUACAUUCAAUAUUCCUUGAAGGUCACACAUUUCUUGUGAGGAAUCAUCGUCAGGCUUCCUUGGAGAUCUCACCAAUAACUUUCCUCACUGCUGAGACACUCUUGAUGGACCUUGGACAGUUUUUACUUUUUUGUCAUAUCUCUUCACAUCAACAUGAUGGCAUGGAAGCUUAUAUCAAAGUUGAUAAAUGCCCAGAGGAACCCCAACUGCGGAUGAAAAAUCAUGAAGAAGAAGAAUAUUAUGAUGAUGAUGUUAAGGAUUCUGAAAUGGAUGUGUUCAGGUUUGAUGAUGACAACUCUGCUUCCUAUAUCCAAAUUCGCUCAGUUGCCAAGAAACACCCUAAAACUUGGAUACAUUAUAUUGCUGCUGAAGAGGAGGACUGGGACUAUGCACCUUCAGUUGCCACACCUGAUGACAGAAGUUAUCAAAGUCAGUAUUUGAAUAAUGGUCCUCAGCGGAUUGGUAGAAAGUACAAAAAGGUCCGAUUUAUGGCAUACACAGAUGAAACAUUCAAGACUCGUGAAACUAUGCAAUAUGAAUCAGGAAUCUUGGGACCAUUACUUUAUGGAGAAGUUGGAGACACACUGUUGAUUAUAUUUAAGAAUCAAGCAAGCCGGCCAUAUAACAUCUACCCACAUGGAAUCACUGAUGUCAGUCCUCUGCACUCAGGAAGAUUGUCAAAAGGUAUGAAACAUUUGAAGGAUUUGCCAAUUCUGCCAGGAGAAAUAUUCAAGUACAAAUGGAAAGUGACCGUAGAAGAUGGGCCAACUAAAUCAGAUCCUCGAUGCCUCACACGAUAUUACUCUAGUUUCAUUAAUCUGGACAGAGAUCUAGCUUCAGGACUCAUUGGCCCUCUCCUCAUCUGCUACAAAGAAUCUGUAGAUCAAAGAGGAAAUCAGAUGAUGUCAGACAAGAGAAAUGUCAUCCUGUUUUCUGUAUUUGAUGAGAAUCAGAGUUGGUACCUCACAGAGAAUAUGCAACGCUUUCUCCCAGAGGCAGCUGGAGUGCAGCCCCAGGAUCCAGAGUUCCAAGCCUCCAACAUUAUGCACAGUAUCAAUGGCUAUGUCUUUGACAGCUUACAGUUGUCAGUUUGUUUGCAUGAGGUGGCAUACUGGUACAUUCUAAGUGUUGGAGCACAGACUGACUUCCUAUCUAUAUUCUUCUCUGGAUAUACAUUCAAACACAAAAUGGUCUAUGAAGAUACACUUACCCUAUUCCCAUUCUCAGGAGAAACUGUCUUCAUGUCAAUGGAAAAUCCAGGUCUGUGGGUUAUAGGAUGCCACAACUCAGACUUUCGGAACAGGGGCAUGACAGCUUUACUAAAGGUUUCUACUUGUGACAGGAACAUUGGUGAUUAUUAUGAGGACAUAUAUGAAGAUAUGCCAAUACACUUGUUGAAUGAAAACAAUGGCAUUGAACCCAGAAGUUUCUCUCAGAAUUCAAGGCACGCUAGAACUCGGCAAAAGCAAUUCACAGCCACCACAAUUCCAGAAAAUGACAUGGAGAACAUUGACUCUCCACUUGGAGAGAGAAUGCAGAUGGCUAAAGUACAAAGUGUCUCUUCUAGUGAUUUGCUGAUGCUCCUGGGACAGAGUCCUACUCCACAUGGAUUAGCAUUAUCAGAUCUCCAAGAAUCUACAUAUGAAGCUGUUUCUGAUGAUAAUUCACCUGGAGCAACAGACAAUAAUGAAGACUUAUAUAAAGUGGCACACCUCACACCAGAGCUCCAUUACAGUGGGGGCAUAAUAUUUACACCUGAACCAGGACUCAAAUUAAGAUUAAAUGAGAAUUUGGAGAUAACCACACCAGUAGAGUUUAAUGAACUUGAUCUAAAAGAUUCUAGUUCAUCACAUAACCUAAUGACUCCACCAACAAUUCCAUCAGACAACUUAGCAGGAACUGAAAAGUCAGGUUCCUUAGGAUCCCCAAAUAUGCCAGUUCAUGUUGAUAGUCAAUUAGGCACCGCUAUAUUGGAUAAAAAACUCUCCAUCGUUAUUGAUUCUGGUAUACCUCUGAAUUUGAAUGAAAGAAAUAAUAAUCCCAUGUUAUUAGAGGUAGAUUUAAUGAACAAUCAAGAAAGUUCACUGGGGAAAAAUAUAUCAAUGGACAGUGAUAAGUUAUUUAAAGAGAAAAGAGUUCAUGAAUCUGCUUCAUUGACCAAAGAUAAUGCUCCCUUCAAAGUUCCUAUCUCUUUGUUAAAGACAAACAAGUUAUCUCAUAACUCAACAACUACUAAAGAGACCCACACUGAUGGCCCAACAUUAUUUAUUGAGAAUAGUACAUCAGUCUGGCAAAAUAUUAUAUUAGAAAAUGAUACUGAGUUUCAAGAAGUGACAUCUUUGAUUUAUGAUGAAAUGCUUAUGAGUAAAAAUACUACAGCUUUGAGGCUAAAUCAUGAGUUAAAUAAAAAUACUUCAUCAGAAGAUGUGAAAAUGGUCCAUCAAAAAAAAGAAGGUCUUGUGACUCCAGAUGCAGAAAAUCCAGAUAUGUCAUUCUUCAAGAUACUGUUAUUGCCAGACUCACCAAAUUGGUUUAAGAGGACCUAUGGAAAGAACUCUCUGAACUCUGCUCAGGGGCCUGGUCCAAAGAAAUUAAUAUCCUUAGGAUCAGGAAAAUCUGUGAAAGAUGAGAAUUUCUUAUCUGAGAAAAAUAAAGUAGCAGUGGGAGAGGAUGCAUUUACAAAAGACACAGGACUCAAAGAGAUGAUUCUUCCAAGCAACGGGAGUAUGUUUGUUACUAACUUGACUAAUGUCUGGGAAAAUGAUACCCACAAUCAAGAAAAGAAUUUUCAGGAAGAGGUAGAAAAGAAGGAAGAAUUAGUCCAAGAGAAUGUAGUUAUGCCUCAGGUGUAUACAAUGAAUGGCACCAAGAAUUUUCUGAAAAAACUUUUCUUGGUGAGCACUAGUCAAAACAUAGGUCUAGAUGACACCAGGCCAUUAAAUGAUUCAGUAAAUAGAGCAGAUAUUCAGAUCACUCACUUUUCAAAAAGAAAGGAAGAAGAGGAAGAUAACUUGAAAGGCUUGGGAAAUCAAACAAAGCAAAUGGUAGAUAAAUAUUCAAGCACCACAAGAAUGUCUCCUAAUUUAAGUCAGCACAAUGCUAUCAAUGAACGUGGUAAGCAAGCUUUGAAACAAUUUACACACUCACUAGAAGAAAUAGAAAUUGAAAGGGGAAUAAGUGUGGAUGAUACCUCAACCCAACAGUCCAAAAACACAAAAUAUUUGACCCAAAGUGCCCUCACACAGAUGAACUGCAAUGAAAAGAAAAAGGUUGUUACUCAAUCUCCUACAUCGGAUGGCCCAUUGAGGAGUCAUAACAUCAUCCACAUGAAUGGUUCUGUGUUACCCACUGCAAAUCUAUCAGUAUUUCCAUCUAUUAGACCUACAGAUCUGACCAAGAUCCCAUCCCAGAAUAACUCGCCUCAUCUUCUAACACCAGCCUAUAAUUAUAAAUUUAUGGAGAGAAGUCCUGGAGUCCAAAAAAACAAUCAUUUAUUACAAGACGCCAAAAAAAAUAACCUUUCAUUAGCCAUCUUACCCUUAGAGGUGGUCAGAGAUCAAGAAAAGGUUGGCUCCCUGGGAACAAGUGCCACAAACUCAGUCAUGUACAAGAAAUUUGAUAACGUGGUACUCUUGAAACCAGGCUUGCCUGAAGCAUCUAGCAAUGUUGAGUUGCUUCCUAAAGUUCCCAUUCAUCAGGAAGACCUUUUCUCUGAAGUAACUAGUAAUGGGUCUCCUGAUCACCUAGAUCUAGUGGAAGAGAGCCUUCAGAAAACACAGGGAGCUGUUAAAUGGAAUAAAGUAAACAGACCUGGAAAAGUACUCUUUCUGAAAGAGGCAGCAGAAAACCCUGAAAAGACUCCCUCCAAGCUGAUGAUGCCUCUUGUUUGGGACAACCAAUAUGUUACUCAGACACCAAAAAAAGAGUGUAAAUCCCAAGAGAAGUCACCUAAAAACACAGAUUUUAAGACAAAGGACAGCAUUUUGUCCCUGACUCCUUGCGAAAACAAUUAUGCAAUAGAAACAAUGAAUGAGGGACAAGAUAGGCUCCCAAGAGAAGCCAGCUGGGCAAAGCAAGGAGGAACUGGAAGUUUGUGCUCUCAAAACCCAUCAGAUUUGAUACACCAAGAAAGGAAAAUAACCCUUACUACCAUUCAAUCACAGCAAGAAGAAAUUUACUAUGAUGAUACCAUCUCAUCUGAAAUAAAGAGGGAAGAUUUUGACAUUUAUGGUGAGGAUGAAAUCCAGGGUCCCCGCAGCUUUCAAAAGAGAACACGACACUAUUUUAUUGCUGCAGUGGAGCGGCUUUGGGAUUAUGGAAUGAGUACAUCCCCCCAUGCUCUAAGAAACAGUGUUCAGUUCAAGAAGGUGGUUUUCCAGGAAUUUACUGAUGGCUCAUUCACUCAGCCCUUAUAUCGUGGAGAACUAAAUGAACACUUAGGAAUCUUGGGGCCAUAUAUAAGAGCAGAAGUUGAAGAUAAUAUUGUGGUCACUUUCAAAAAUAUGGCUUCUCGUCCCUACUCCUUCUACUCUAGCCUCAUUUCUUAUAAGGAUGAUCAGAGACAAGGAGCCGAACCUAGGAAAAACUUUGUCAAGCCUAAUGAAACCAAAACUUACUUUUGGGAAGUGCAACAUCAUAUGGCACCCACUAAAGAUGAGUUUGACUGCAAGGCCUGGGCUUAUUUCUCUGAUGUUGAUCUGGAAAAAGAUAUGCACUCAGGCUUGAUUGGGCCCCUUCUCAUCUGUCAUACUAACACACUGAACCCUGCUCAUGGAAGACAAGUGACUGUGCAGGAAUUUGCUCUGUUUUUCACUAUCUUUGAUGAGACUAAGAGCUGGUACUUCACUGAAAACAUGGAAAGGAACUGCAGGGCCCCCUGCAACAUCCAGACAGAAGACCCUACUUUUAAAGAGAAUUAUCGCUUCCAUGCAAUUAAUGGCUAUGUGAUGGAUACACUCCCUGGCUUAGUGAUGGCUCAGGAUCAAAGGAUCCGAUGGUAUCUGCUCAGCAUGGGCAGCAAUGAAAACAUCCAUUCUAUUCAUUUCAGUGGGCAUGUGUUCACUGUUCGGAAAAAAGAAGAAUAUAAAAUGGCAGUGUACAACCUCUACCCAGGUGUUUUUGAAACAGUGGAAAUGCUACCAUCCAAAGCUGGAAUUUGGCGCGUAGAAUGCCUUAUUGGCGAGCACCUACAUGCUGGGAUGAGCACUCUUUUUCUGGUGUACAGCAAGAAUUGUCAGAUUCCCCUGGGGAUGGCUUCUGGACACAUUCAAGAUUUUCAGAUUACAGCUUCAGGACAAUAUGGACAGUGGGCCCCAAAGUUGGCCAGACUUCAUUAUUCUGGAUCAAUCAAUGCCUGGAGCACCAAAGAUCCCUUUUCCUGGAUCAAGGUGGAUCUGUUGACACCAAUGAUUAUUCAUGGCAUCAAGACCCAGGGUGCCCGUCAGAAGUUCUCCAGCCUCUACAUCUCUCAAUUUAUCAUCAUGUAUAGUCUUGAUGGGAAGAAAUGGCAGACUUACAGAGGAAAUUCCACUGGCACAUUAAUGGUCUUCUUUGGCAAUGUGGAUUCAUCUGGGAUAAAACACAACAUUUUUAACCCUCCAAUUAUUGCUCAGUAUAUUCGUUUGCACCCAACUCAUUAUAGCAUCCGUAGCACGCUUCGCAUGGAGUUGAUAGGCUGUGAUUUAAAUAGUUGCAGCAUGCCAUUGGGAAUGGAAAGUAAAGCAAUAUCAGAUUCACAAAUUACUGCUUCAUCUUACUUCACCAAUAUGUUUACAACCUGGUCUCCUUCAAAAGCCAGACUUCACCUCCAGGGAAAGACUAAUGCCUGGAGACCUCAGGUGAAUAAUCCAAAAGAGUGGCUGCAAGUGGACUUGCGGAAGACAAUGAAAGUCACAGGAAUCACCACCCAGGGAGUUAAGUCUCUCCUUACCAGCAUGUAUGUAACGGAGUUCCUCAUCUCCAGCAGUCAAGAUGGCCAUCAUUGGACUCUUGUUCUUCAGAAAGGCAAGUUAAAGGUUUUUAAAGGAAAUCAAGACUCCUUCACACCUGUAUUGAACUCUCUAGACCCACCACUGUUGACUCGUUAUCUCAGAAUUCACCCCAAGAGCUGGGUCCACCAGAUUGCCCUGAGGCUGGAGGUUCUGGGCUGUGAAGCACAGCAGCUCUACUGA